AUGAUAAAAGACAAAAAGUUCAUUAUAGAAAAUAUUAAUAAUAAAGUUAUAAGUAAAGAAAAUAUGACAAAAAAAGGGAAGAAAUUAUGCGAACUAAAGGAGUUUCAUAAUAUAAAUGACAUUAAUAACAAUGUCUUAAUAUCAAAUAAUAAAUAUAUAUUAAGUGAUUUAAAAAAAAAUGAUAAUAUUUUACAAAAUAAUAAAAAUAUCCCUUUAAAUAAUUCAACCUUAAAUUUUGUAAAGGAUAUAGGACAACAUGAUUAUAUAAAUAUCAAUCAAGAUUAUACAAAUAGUAGUAAUAAUAAUAAUAAUAAUAAGGAAGAAUGUACCAAUAAUUUUAAUUAUCCUAACAAUAUAGUAAAAAAUAAUAUGAUAGCCAAUCAAGACACUAAAACAAAACACACACGUUGUAAUAUAAAACAUAUUAACGAUUUUGAAUCUAAUGAUAAAAUUAAAAAUUGUACAACUAGUAUAGAAAAUAAUUAUCAUAAUAAUAUUAUUAAUAUAAAAAAUUUAAACAAUUUAAAUAAAAAUGAAAAUAAUCAUAUAAGUGAAAACUUUGAAGAAAAUAUAAAUAUUCAUUCUAAAUUAAAAAAAAAAGGUACCUAUAUAAAAAAUUGUCAUGUGGAAAAUUAUAAUAGACCUGUAAAUGAUAAUUAUAAUAACAUUUCAAAAGAUGAUAUAAAAGAAAAUGAAAACAUAAAUUCAACAGUUUAUUAUCAUAAUAUAAAUAAUGAUGAAAAUGUAACUAGUAAUCAUUGUAAUAUAAAAGAUGAUACAAGUUUAGACAAAGAUAUGAAGGAAUACUUAAAAAAAAGAAAUAUACAUAUGUCCAAUUCUAAUAUGAUUAUUAAUGAGUUAUAUAAUAAUUUAAUAUAUGAUGAAUAUUCAGAAAAUUUAUUAACAAAAAAUGGAAUGAAGAAAAAGGAUCAUAUGGAAUAUUAUGAAAAACAAAAUGUUCAUAUGCCAUCAAAUGAAGAAUCAACAAACAUAUGUAUUGAUAUUCCUGCAUGUUGUCAAAUAGUAUAUGACAAUACAAAUAAUGUAAUAGAUGAACAAUAUAAUGAUUCUCAAAGGGAUACACACAAAUGGUAUAUUGAUAAAACAAACAAGAAUAAAUUAAUAUAUCACAUAAAUAAAAAUUUAAUAUUCUUAAAAAGAAUACAACAAUAUUUUUUUCAAAAGUAUAUUAAUAUAAAAUUUUCAAAUGAUACUAAUGAUUAUUAUUAUUUUAUACAUUUAGAAUGGUUUAAUAAAUUAAAGAAAUUCAUUAACAAUGAAUCUAAUGAUUUCCCAGGUUCUAUCUCUAACUGGGAAUUAUACGAAUACACACAUGAUGAUAUUUUGAAAAAUUAUAACAUAUCAGAAAAUAAUAAUGUUUUUUCUGAUGACAAUAAUAUGAAUGAUAAUAUAUAUUUAAAAAAACAAUGUUUAAAAAAAAAUUUAAAAGAAGGAAAAGAUUAUAUAUGUACAAAUAAAUACAUAUGGAGAUUUUUACAAUUUUUAUAUAAUGGAGGGCCAUGCAUAAAAAGAAUAUCUAAUAAUAUAUAUAAUACAUUUAUACCUAUAUCUUAUAAUGAUAUAAUGAAUAAUAAUAUUAUGUAUUUAUUGGAAUCAAGAUAUAUCAAAAAUGUAUUUGCUUUAUUUAAUUAUAUAGACCAAACACAUAUAUAUAAUGAAACCAAAGGGCAGGAACAUGAAUUAUAUAAAAAUGAAUAUUAUGAUGAUCAUAAUAAUUUAAAAUAUAAUAAUGAUACAUAUAAAUAUGAUUAUAUUUUAGAAGAAGAAAAUGAAAAAAAAAAAUAUUGUGCUCAUAAUUAUCAUGAACUUUUACAAUUUUAUAAUUUAACAGAAAAAGAAAAAAAUAAUAUACUUUAUAUUGAAUAUGAUGAAAAACAUAUUAAUAAAGAAAUUCUAGAUAAAAUAAAAAGAAUAAAAAAUAAAAAUAGUAAUAAUAAACACAAUCUUAUUUUUUCAAAUGAUGAAAAUUUUUCUAGUGAUAGUAGUAAUAUGUUUAAUAUAAUUAAUAUUAAACAUAAUGAUAAAUUGAAUGAACAAAAAUUAUUCUUAUUAGAAAAUGACAAAAUAUGUGCUAAUUCACAUAUGAGUUCAAAUAUGAAUCAAACUGAGUAUAUAUCAUUGGAUAAUUUUGAUUGUGAUGGAUUAUUACAUAACCCUCAUAAUUUAUCAACAAAUCUUCUUAAUAGUAAUGAAAUGGAUAUUAAUAUUGAAAAUAAUGAAAAUAAUGAAAAUGUUGAUAAUAAUGAAAAUUUUGAUAAUAAUGAAAAUGUUGAUAAUAAUGAAAAUUUUGAUAAUAAUGAAAAUGUUGAUAAUAAUGAAAUUGUUGAUAAUAAUGAAAAUGUUGAUAAUAAAGAAAAUGUUGAUAAUAAUGAAAAUGUUGAUAGUAGUAAAAUGUUCAUAAAUUGUAACAAAUCUCAACGAUCGAAUAUAAAAAAGAGUAACAGCACGAAUAGUAAUAGAAGGAAUUACAAUAGAAACAAUAAUAACAAGAACAACAACAAUAAUAAUAAUAAUAAUAAAAAUAACAACAAUAAUAAUAAUAACAAUAAAAAUAACAACAAUAAUAAUAAUAAUAACAAUAAUAAUAAUAAUAACAACAAUAAUAAUAACAAUAAUAAUAACAAUAAUAAUAACAACAAUAAUAACAAUAAUAAUAACAAUAAUAAUAAGGAUGAUAACACAAGCGAUAAUAAUAAUAGUAAUAACAAUAUAGAUAAAGAGAAAGACAAGAAAAAUAAAACAACAAAUAACAAAAAGAAUCAGAAUGAAAAAUAUGAUGAAAACAAAAAUAAGGGUAACUUAAAUGGUAGUGUAGAAAUACAUGAAUUUAAAAGAGAGUUUGUAGAAAAUAAUCAUAUUAUAUAUAAUGAUUUAUAUAAUAAUAGAAAUGACAAUAAUAGUAUUGAUGAUAAUAAAAAUAAUGUAGAAGAUAUAAAUAAAAUUAAUGAUAGAAAUAUAUAUCUUAGUCCAAAUAUAAGUGCCAACGAAAUGAAUAUAAAUAAUUUUAAUAAAUCAUAUAAUUCAAGUAGUAAUAAAAAAAAUUCUAUCCCUUGUAAUUCAUCCAAUGGUAAUGAUAUAUAUAAAUCGUGUGAAGAAUAUAAUAAUGAUAAUGAAAAAAUCUCAAGUAAUGGUUAUCUAACAACUACUGAGAGUCAAUCCAAAGGCACUACUGAUGGUAAUACGGAGAGGGGUUCUAUAUGUGAAUAUGAAAAUGAUGAAAAAAAUAAUAAUAAAAGUAAGAUUAAUAAUAAGAAGAAUGAAAAAAAUAAGAACGAAAAGAAAGUAUAUUAUGAUAGUAUAGAAAAUUUAGAUGAUGUAAUAAAAAAGAAGAAACAUAUAAAAAAUACCAAUAAAAAAACACAAAAUAAUACACAUAGUAAUAUGAUAUCUUCAUCGAAUUGUGCUGAAGAAGAUGUCAAAGAAAAAAUAAAUAAUAAUCUAGAUAAAACACAUUUGAAUAAUAUACAAAAUAAAAAUCAUAAUAUUAAAAAGAAUAAUAGUACUAUACAAAAUGGAAGUAGUAUAAAAGGUAAUGAACAAAAUGUUAAGAAUAUAAAUAAUAUAAAUAAUAUAAAUGAAGAAAACAAAAUCAUCAAUUUGGAAAAUCAUAAAAACGAUCAAAAGAAAAAAAAAUUAAAUGAUAUUGAUGUAAAACAAAAUGAUUUAAAAUCAAAUAAUGCGCAAAAUAACAUAAAAAUAGAUGAAACAAAUAAUAAUAGUAUGGAUCCACAACAAAGAUGUAACCUUAUUUCUGUCCUUAAUAAACAAAAGGACCAUAAAAAUAAUAUGUCUAAUAAUAAUAAGAAAGAUGAUGACGAUGAUGAUCAGAGUGUUUAUUCAAGUAACAUUACAAAUACAAAUAGUAGCAGCUUACGUAAUAGUAGUAGUAGUAGUAGCAGUGGUGAAAAUAAUAGUUUAUAUAAUGAGAAUGAUAUUUCUAAAUAUAACCUUUUUAAUAAUGAUAAUGAAAAUUUAAAAAACUUGUUAGUAUCAAAUAAUAACAGCAAUAAUAAUAUUAAUAAUAAUAAUAAUUUUAAAAGAGAUAAUGAAUCAUCCAUUAAUUAUCAUACUUCUAUUAUGACAAAAGAACAACCUGCUGGUAUUAUUAAUUAUUCUACCACAUGUUAUAUCAAUGUAGUUAUGCAAUGUUUAUCAGUUUUUUUCAAACUAAUAUAUACAUUACAUAAUUAUGUAAGUGUAAAAUAUAAAAAUGUUAAUAUGUCAAGUGAUGAAAAUGAAAAUAUGAAUUCAUCUUUUAUAAAUAAAAAUUUCUUUACCAAUAGUAUACCUUUCAAUAUUUUUGGAAGUAAUAAUAACAAUAAUAAAAAAAAGGAUGAAUGUCUAUUAUUAACAUUCUCUUUUAAAUUAUUUCAACUAAGUAAAAUGCAUAAUAAAGGUAAAGUAUUAUGUGUUAAUAAAUUAUUAAAUCUUCUAAAUGAUAAAUAUUCAUACCUAUUUGAAUAUAAUGAACAACAAGAUUGUCAUGAAUUUCUUCUUCUCGUAUUUGAUUUUAUACACAAUAUGGUGAAAGUAAUUGAUGAGUCAGUAGAUAAAAAUAAUCAAAUAGAUUUUUAUCUAAAAAAAGAACAAUCUAUUAUAUCAGAUUUAUUUUUAGGUUUAAUAGAAGAAAAAAUUACAUGUUCACAAUGUGAAUAUGUUAAUUAUAUAUAUCAACCUGUUUAUAACUUAAGUGUAAAUGUUUUUAAAAAAAAUCCAGAAAAUAAUAUAAAUGAUAAUUUAAUAGAAUAUUUUAAAAAAGAAGAAGUCAAUUCAACUUGUGAAAAAUGUAAAUGUAAGAAAAUGUUUAAAUAUUCAUGUGUAUACAAACAACCAAAUAUUCUUAUUAUACAUUUAAUUAGAUUACAAGAAGAUGGAUCAAAAAUUGACAAGCCAAUCAAAUUUGAUAUGGCUGAUUUUACUAUUGAAAAUGUUCUCAAAAAAAAAGAUAAUCAAUUCAUUGAACCCAUCAAAAAAUAUAAUCUCUGUGGAGUAAUAGUACAUAGAGGUUUGAAUUCCAAUUGUGGUCAUUACAUUUGUUAUACCAAAAGGAAACAUUCGAAUGGUGUCAACGUGUGGUACAAAUUUGAUGAUAGUACGGUAACCUCUGUUGAUGUUGAAGAAGUUGAAUCGGCCAAAGCUUAUUGCCUUUUUUAUCAGAGUCAAUAA